AUGCUAGAACGCCUUCCAGUUGACUUCGAGUUAGUGUUGGUUGUUGCUCGCGCAAACAAUGAUAAAUCUGCAGAGCUUUCCAUUAAGCUCAUGGCAUUGAGAUUCACGGAGAAGCAUUUCCCAUGUCGCAUUGCCACCCUCCAAGUUAUUUAUGCACCUGGCAGUGUGGCAGCUCCGGCCGCGCCAGCUGCCUGCGCCUUCUCUCCUCCCAGGUCUUCUUACCUCGGUCUUGACGCAGAUUGCAUUUGUGACGAUGAUGAUGAUGCUGAUGAUGAUGAUGAUGCUGGUGAUGAUGAUGAUGAUUAUGAUGAUGAUGAUGAAUAUUCUAUUUUCACACUUCUUGUUUGCUCGCCAGAGUCGAAGAGAUAA